CAGAUGUAAGUGAGUCCAGGAUAAGGUGCACUCUCCUGUUUACAAUCUUAAAAAAACUCAACAGACUUGCACAUAUGCGAUGCAAGAAAGCUAGAGAGAGAACUCAAGAGUCUAAACAAAAAGUGGAUAGUCUUCACCUGCAGUUACAGAACCUUCUCUAUGAAGUGAUGCACUUGAAAAAAGAAAUUACAAAAUGUCUUGAGUUCAAGUCAAAAGACGAAGAAAUAGAGCUGGUGUCGGAAGCUGAAUUUUUUAGGGAUGCUCCAAAUGAAAUAUCCAGACCUGAUGUUACCAAAGGAGAUUCUCAUAAAUUGAUGUUGGCAAGACUUGACUGGGAACUAGAGCAGAGGAAAAGGUUGGCAGUGCAGAAAGAACAGUUUCUGAAAAAGAGAGAAACACUCUUGAAAGAAAUUCACACCAAGAAAGAAUUUUUGGACAGUCUACAACCAAGAUUAGAAAAUAUCUUGAAGGCCACACAACCUGUUCAGGAGUACAUGAACAUGCCACUGGAUGCUCAGCGAGCACAGCAUGAAACAGCACGAUAUCUCCCCCAGGCCCUGUACAUUUUGUAUGUCCAAGCAUCAGCAUACAAUGAGGCUUGUGAUCCUCAUAUGGAAGUCAAGAUUCUUGGUGAUUUAGAUGUUGCUAAAGCUGCCAUGGAAGCUAAACCUGUUGUUAGAGACAUUGACAGUGAUUCAGAUCAGGAAAACACAGAAGGACACAAAAGGUCGAAGCAUCGAAGAAAAAAAGAAGAGGCCCGUUUGGAGGAGAAAAGGAAAUUGUUACUCAAGAAGCAUCCUCUUCAAAUCCUAAUACAAGUUAAGUGUAAAGACAAAGCGACACUUGAUUUGUUGUUCUCCUUUUUGCCAACAUUCAACACUGUUGUGGUCUCACCAUCACUGACUUUGAAUGAAGCACUAUCAGAACCAGUGUUGGCAAAUAGUGCGCUUCUUUCCCCUGAUUCACUUUUAAUCAAUCUGUUUCCUGGUGAUGAUGGAAACACAGCUCCAAACACUUCGAGCUUGUAUCAGCUUUCAAAAGUCGGGUAAGAAAGUUUUAUUCUAUUAGCUUUAUGGCAUAUCAUGGUGACAGGUGAUAUAUAUAUCUUAUUAACCAAGCGCGAGGGUCUAACU